UCUACGACUAUUUCUCCCACAGCCAAAAUAGGAGAACACACCAUUAUUCAGCCCAAUACUUUUAUUGGCAAUCAAGUCAUUAUCGGAAAAAACUGUAUCAUUCAUUCUAAUGUUUCUAUUUAUGACGGCACUAUUAUUGGCGAUAAUGUGAUUAUCCAUGCCGGUACUGUUUUAGGUUCAGACGGGUUUUAUUACAAAACAAGACCAAAUGAAUACGAUAAAUUAUUAUCGGUAGGGAAUGUGGUCAUAGAAGACCAUGUAGAAAUUGGAGCAAAUUGUACCAUAGACAAAGGGGUUACCUCUGCCACCCGAAUAGGGGAGGGGUCAAAAUUAGAUAACUUAAUACAAGUAGGGCAUGACACUAUUAUUGGGAAAAGAUGUUUAAUAGCUUCUCAAGUGGGGAUAGCAGGGUGUUGUAUCAUCGGAGACGAAGUCAAAAUAUGGGGACAAGUGGGGAUUAAAGCGUCUAUUGUGAUAGAAGAUAAAGUUGAAAUCUAUGCCCAAUCGGGUGUUGGUAAGGAUUUAAAAGAAGUAUUAGUCAAUAAAGAUUCAAAAGUAAUUGUUCAAGGUUUUACAGGAACGGAAGGCACAUUUCAUGCUGAACAAAUGAUAGAGUACGGAACUAAUGUAGUUGGGGGCGUAACACCGGGAAAAGGCGGUACCACCCAUUUAGUAUAUGAUGCUGUUCAAGGUGUUGGAGCCAAUGUAAGUAUUAUUUUUGUACCACCUGCUUUUGCGGCAGAUGCUAUCAUGGAAGCAGCAGAUAAUGGCAUAAAAGUGAUUAUCUGUAUAACGGAAGGUAUUCCGGUUGGCGAUAUGACAAAAGUAAAAGCCUAUAUUAAAAAUAAAGAUUGCCGUUUAAUAGGACCUAAUUGUCCGGGUGUUAUUACGCCAGAUGAAGCCAAAGUAGGUAUAAUGCCGGGAUUUAUCUUUAAAAAAGGAAAAAUAGGGAUAGUAUCCAAAUCCGGAACACUUACCUAUGAGGCAGCAGACCAAGUGGUUAAAGCCGGUUAUGGUGUUUCUACAGCCAUUGGUAUUGGAGGCGAUCCUAUUAUUGGAACUACUACUAAAGAGGCCUUAGAGUUAUUCAUGAAUGACCCUGAAACGGAGGCAGUAGUCAUGAUAGGAGAAAUCGGCGGACAAUUAGAAGCCAAAGCGGCUAAUUGGUAUAAAGAAAGCGGACAAACUAAACCUGUCUUUGGGUUUAUAGCCGGUCAAACUGCUCCAAAAGGGAGAACCAUGGGGCAUGCCGGAGCCAUUGUCGGUGGAAAAGAUGAUACCGCCCAGGCUAAAAUGGAAAUAUUAAACAACUGUGGUAUCAUUGUCAUUAACUCUCCUGCAGAUAUUGGCGAA